GAACUGAAAAAAGAACGAAUCACUUUAGGAAGCGAUUCGUUCACUUUCGUUCACUGAAAAGAAUAAUCUCUUUUAAACGAAUCGUUCACUCACGAGCCAACACUAUUGCACUCAGCCGGAGUAUACGAGGUCGGUGAGCAGUUGCGAGAGGAAAAAGCAGAGGAGCAGGGAGCAGUGUGGAGAAACGAAUCGCGAGGUCUCGGAGAGGAAAGUGCAUCGGCUCUGUCUCGAACCUGUGCAUUACCCUACAACCCUCGAGCUCAGGCAGUGUACAACUGCACAAGGGAAAAGCAUCAACAACAAGCUCAAGAUACCAAUCCACAAUUAAUCAUGGUCCGUUCCAGAGUGAACCUCAGCACUAUGGUUUUCCUGUUGAUCCUGCAUGGAGCAGCUGUGGUCCUCUUCUUCAAUUGGUACAUCAGGCUAAACCCUUGCGAUGGCAUCCCUUCCAAUAGGAAAAUCCAUGUUGUGCUACUGUCAUCAUGGCGAUCAGGAUCAUCCUUUGUUGGUCAGGUGUUCAGUCAACAUCCGUCUGUGUUCUACCUCAUGGAGCCUGCCUGGCAUGUUUGGACCAAACUUCGGAACUCUGGUGCACAGACACUACGAAUGGCUAAUCCGCGCCCGCACUCCAGAUCCACGAGGAGGAGGUGUGUUAGACAAAACGUCAGGAAGGCACCAGGCCCAGACGGUGUGUCCCCUCCCUCCUUAAAAGUCUGUGCUGAACAACUGGCACCCACCUUUGCACGGAUCUUCAACCGUUCCCUGGAGCUGUGUGAGGUGCCCUCGUGCUUCAAGAGCUCCACCAUUGUACCGGUGGCCAAGAAGCCCGCCAUCACAGAAGCUCAUCCAGCUCGCGGUGUCUGCCUCCACCUGUCAGUGGAUCACCAGCUUCCUGACCAACAAGAGACAGCGUGCGACUCUUCUGUGAAGACCCUGAAGUAUGCAGACGACACCACUCUCAUCGGACGGAUCCGUGACGGUGACGAGACUGCGUAUAGACAUCAGGUGGAGCGGCUGGUCCACUGGUGCAGCCAAAACCACCUGGAGCUGAACCCGCUCAAGACCGAGGAGAUGACAGUGGACUUCAGGCGAGACCCUUCACCACUUUCACCCCUCACUAUCCGCAGUAAUACUAUUCUCUCCACAGACACCUUCAAGUUCCUGGGAUCCACAAUCUCUCGGGACCUGAAAUGGACUAGCCAUAUAGACUCUGUCCGGAAGAAGGCCCAGCAGAGGCUGUACUUUCUGAGACAGCUCAGGAACUUCAAACUGCCAUGGGAGCUGCUGAAGACCUUCUAUACUGCCAUCAUCCAGUCUAUCCUCUGCACCUCCAUCACUGUCUGUUUUGGAUCGGCCUCCAAACAAGACAAGCACAGACUGCAACAGACAAUCAGGACUGCAGAAAAGAUAAUUGGAAUCAACCUCCCAUCUAUCCAGGACUUGUACCUGUCCAGGACCAGGAAACGCGCAAGUAACAUCUCUACAGACCCUUCUCUCCCAGGUUGAAGUCUGUUCGAACUACUCCCCUCCGGACGGCGUUACAGAGCUCUGUACGCCAAAACCAGCAGACACAGAGACAGCUUCUUCCCCCAGGCUGUCGCUCUGAUGAACUCACACCACUCUUAGAGUCUCAGAGUCAUUGCUGUGCAAUAACAUCCUGCUCUCGACGCUUUAUUUUGAAUUGUCUAUAUUAUAUCUACUAUGUGUCCACUCUGCAUCCACUGCAGCCUGGUCAUCCUAGAAGAGGGAUCCUCCCAUCUGUGGUCUCUUCUCAAGGUUUCUCAUUUCCCCUAGUAGGAGUAAAGAGUUUUUCCUUGCCCUCCCGGGAGUUUAAGAUCAAGGGAUAUUUGUGAAUAUUUGUCAAUUUUUGCACAGCUCAGUUGUCAAACGCGCACUUUUUAUCAAAGUGCCUCCGGCUCCCCAGUAACGGAUUCAAUAAGCCGGGGCGAAGGGACUCGUCCGUAGCUGACCACCCGAGUUAAAUUAAUUUUACCAGAAUCAAUCUAAUUUCUAUACGACGCCAACCCCUUUCAAGUCAUCCGACGCGCAAGCAGAGUAACUCAAUUAGAGGCGAUUCGUCGAUAUGACCGCGCCGUAAUGAUGGCUCCCUUCGGUUGUUUGAUGCUGGUAUUACGUUACGGAUAUUUUUUAGGUGCCUUUGUUAAGACCUCUAGAGCGCCCUCGCUCUAGCUGAGCUCAAGAUAACUACUUCGAACCAGAUCUAACAAUUCCUGAUGUUAAGGAUUAAAGCUGUCUUCACUUUAAAAAGAAUUGAAUGGAUUUAAAGAAUGACUAUGAUAGGGAAAUAAAGACAUUUUAAAGUUGCAAUUACCGCAUAUAAAACCAUGCUCAACAUAGUUAAUACGAAAUAAUCGAUACCGAAUUCAGGCUCAAGAAGAGAUUUAAUGAAUAAGCAAGAAAAAUAAUUGCAAGUCGAAAAACAAAAUAACAAGACUCACCCACACAGAACAAGAGAGGGGACUAAAGGUCUAAAAUCCUAUUUGGUUGAACAAGUCGAGUGAUUGGCUCUCCUUUGUUCCAAAAUCCGAAUUCUGUUUAAAAAAGAGGAAAGGUCUGGCCGUGAGGAGCGUAGCCAAAAAAGUAAAAGUGGCGACUUCCCCUUUCUGCCCGGUGGCGGCUUGCUCCUCUGCCUUCCUCGAAGCUUAAGAUUUGACAAAGUCCAAUUCGAAGACUCUGGAAAUUCAUCUUAGUAGAUUUUGGUUCAAUCUCAAAAAGAAUGCAAAAUCCAUCUUCGUUCUUUUACUCCGGGCAGCGUCACGGCCAUCGCCCUGACUAGGAAGAAGUGCGCCCGCUCUGUGUCCGGGCAACCUAUUUAUAGGCUUCUGGCAUUACCUCAUCGGAAUUAUCUCACCGGCACGUGAGGUGGCCUUCCUGGAAGUUUCUGGACGUUUCGAGAAUGUUCCUUAGCUGAUGCCUGUCCAGGCCAGCUAGAAACCACUGGUUGUCCUGGCAACCUUGCUUCAAGCAGCAAUCACCGGAAACAGAUGUUUCCUGUUUUGCUCGUUCUUUACUUUUAGUAUUAGCCCUUAAGUCUCCUCUCAACUUAAUGCAUUCAGGUAUGGAUGGAACACAUGGAUGUUAAAUACAGGUUGGACAAAACAUUGCAACAUGAAUCACAUAUAUCUUGUCUAAUAAAGAUCAAUCUCAACACAUAAUAGUACUUAACACAAUAAUGGGUUCCUCCAACUUAAACACAUAUAUUGAUAUUGCUCAAGGUGUUGCAUCUUAAAAUUAUGGCAUAGCAAAUUCAUAUUCCAAAAUUGUGCGUUGCUACGUGUUAGAACAGGUCGUGUCCUCCCAAUUGCUAACUAUUUAAUUUAUUAGAUUUGUUAAUUUCCAUCAAGUCAAGCUUUAACACCAUCUCCUGGUGAAAUUUUGAACUACUACAUGUUUUGGGAUAGCCAAUGUGCCUGGGCCAAAUUCACUACCUAAUUUUACACCAUCUCGUACCACCAUGUCACUUGAAAUGGUAGAGUCACUAGUGGUAGAGUGUCUGCCCUGAGACUGUAAGGUAGUGGGUUCAAACCCCGGCCGGGUCAUACCAAAGAUUAUAAAAAUGGGACCCAUUGCCUCCCUGCUUGGCACUCAGCAUCAAGGGUUGGAUUUGGGGGGUUAGAUCACCAAAUGAUUCCCGAGCGCGGCUCACUGCUCCCCUCUCCCCCAGGGGAUGGAUCAAAAUCACAUGGGCAUGGGUUAAAUGCAGAGGACAAAUUUCAGUGUGACGAUCAUUGGAACUUUAACUUUAACAUGUCCUGAGUGUUGUUAGUCACCUAAAUGUUGAACAGAGGCUGAGAUGUACCGAAAUGAAAUUCCUUGUUUGGCAUGCUCAAACAUGGCCAAUAAAAAUUCUUGAAUCUUGAAAUUCCUCUGGGAACUCCAUCGUUCUGCUGGAGGACUGCAAUGCUCACGUGGGCAAGGGCAUGAUUGGUAGGAACACCCCUAUUUCCCUGAUCUGAACCCGAGGGGUGUUCUGUUACUGGACUUUUGCGCUUGUCACAGAUUAUCCAUAACGAGCACCAUGUUCUAGCAAAAGGGUGCCCUUAUGUGCACUUAGCACCAGGACAUUCUAGGCCACAGAUGAUCGGCUUUGUAGUAUCGUUGGAUUUGACGUUGCAUGUUUUGGACACUCGGGUGAAGAGAGGGGCUAUCAACUGAUCAGUACCUAACCUGGUGAUGUGGUGACUUUGAUGGUAAGGGGAGAUGCUGGUCUGACCUGGCAGACCCAGACGUCCGCUGUGAUAUGGAGUCUGUCCCAGUCUGUUGUGGUGAAGGAGCUAAGCCGAUAGGUGAAGCACUCGAUUUACCCUCCGAUCUACAUCCCAGCCCUCACCUAUGGUCAUGAGCUGUGGAUUGUGACUGAAAGAACGAGAUCCUGGAUACAAGCGGCCAAAAUGAGUUUCCGCCACAGGGUGUUCGGGCUCUCACUUAGAGAUGAGAAGCUUGGUCAAAAUCAUUUAAAUUACCAUUUUUUUCCAUGUAUAAUGCGCAAAAUUUAACAAAUUUAUUGUCCUAAAAUCUGGGGUGCGCAUUAUACAUGGGUACAAAAAAAGACUUUUCUUUUUUUUUUUUAAUCCGGAUAUGAUACGGAGGCCGCCAUUACAGAUGCGCUUUCUUCUCUGCUGUUCACUUCAAACACGCUCCAUACGAACACAGUGCUCUCGUAUCAGACGCUUGCUCGAUCACCUGCUCGUUUGCUGUCACAAUGUACCCUACACAAAUCCGAAACAUUUCUUCGCUAUCGAGUUUGCUAGCGCAUGCGCAGUGAUACUGACCGGCAGAAUAACAUCCGAUUGUUCCCAAAGAUGAAUUUCUGAAAUAAUUUUAUGUUUACGGACUUAAGUUGGAGUCAAAAUUUGGGUGCGUAUUAUACAUGGGUACAGGCUUUUUUCCAGCAUCGACAUGCCAUUUUUAGGGUGCAUAUUAUACAUGGGGGCGCAUUAUACAUGGAAAAAAACGGUAUACCGUAAAUUCCGGACUAUAAGCCGCGACUUUUUUCCCAAAUUUUGAACCCUGCGGCUUAUAGUCAGGUGCGGCUUAUAUAAGUAUGCCAGCCUCAGUCACAAAGGGAAGACUAGAGUUCUUUUUACAGAUGAUUUUAAUGAUCUUGUCCAAAAAUAUUACCAUAGAACUAACAGAAAUAGAAACAACAAAACCAUUAGUUCGUACAUACAUAUUACACAAAUAAACACAUUACACACGAAUAAAGAGUAACGAACACACCACUUUGCCUGCUUGUGGCUAGGGCUGGGGUUAAUCUUCUUGAAAGAUGAGUCUUUAUAUGAAUUUAAACACCAGCGUCGGAGUCCGCCAUACACUUAUGCUGAUCGCUACAGGACAGGAACCGGAAGUUCGAGCCAAAACUCACGUGACGUAAAACCCCAAAUUUUAGACUAAUUCUCUACAAAAAAUAGAAUAUAUUUACUAAUAUGGAGAUAAUAGUGCCAUAAACAAUGUACACAACUUAAACAAUGUACAAACAAAAUAAAUCAAAAAUAAUUAGUGUAAACCUACAUCGAUCGCAAGAGCGCCAUCCACUGGAAUCAGCGAACGCUUCAUGCACAAACUUACAUCAUUUACAAUAAGGAUUUUUCCGUGAUUUUUGUGAUGACUUGAUCACUUCAAGAUUUAAGAGUUUUUUAGCCGCCAUGUUUGAGCAUGCCAAACAAGGAAUUUUACAUUUAGGUGACUAACAACACUCAGGACAUGUGAAAAAUGGCCAAAAAAAUAAAUUUCACUUUUAUACACUGCGGUAUCUUGAAGAAAAACAACAACAACAAAGAUACUAUUUUGAAACACUACUAUGGCUGCUGCUUAUUCUGGCUGUGUUGCUUGUGACUACGGGUGUAAAUCGCGGGUUUUGUCACGAUACGAUAUUAUAUCGAUACAAAAACGCACAAUACGAUAUUUGCCGAUAUCUUAAAGCCUGCUGUGAUUCAUUCAUGGUACAUCACGAUAUAGUGCUCUACGAUCGAUAUAGAACAAUAUCCUGAUUUAUAACAAUUCAUACGCAAAAUCAACAAGGUACUGCAAACUCUUUAUUUAGGAAAUUACAAAGUGCUUCCAAACGAAUGACUUGAAGCCCAAAGUGGAGCGAAUUUCCUCGUCUUCUUGGACACUAGCCAUAGCAUCAGCCCAGGAGCCGCGUAGUUGUCGGCUCCCCUUUCACAUGCCUGCUCUGCUCACAACACAACACGCCGCGCACUGCUCCCGGAAAGAGGAAGCAAGCAACAAUGAACUGGAUUUCAAAAUAAAGUCGCGUCUAAUGUCCAAGGUCAAAAACGGACGAUAUAGAUCGAUGUUUACGUUUAGCAUCGAUGCCAACAAAUCGUAGAGCGAUUAAUCGAUGUGUAUCGAUGAAUCGUUACACCCCUACUUGUGACUAUUAUGAGCUUUAGUAGGAAUGCACGCUAGGUGACCUGCGUCAAAGGGCUCUCAACCCUUUCUCUUACUCUGCCAUGUGACUCAAAGAUUACACAAAGCAGUGGCGCUGUUUGGACCAUCUGCAUUGUAUUAAAACCCAAUCAAUCAGGAUUUAAAUUAAAUUCUGACAUUUUGCUCAUCAAAAACAAGUUGUAAUGAACGUGAACUUUUAAUGCAUUUUAUUCAGAAGGUUACUUUGAACCCCGAGGCUUAAAUGGCGGCGCGGGGUAUUUAUGGAUUUUUACGGCCUCCAGGUGGCGCUCUUGCGGGAAGCAAGUCGCUCGUGCUUCUUAUUCUUCUUCUUAUUAUUAUUAUUUCUUCUUCGUUUGUCAGCGAGACAGACGAAGAAGAAAUAAUAAGAAAUAAUGCGCCGAAGAAGACGUGCUAGUUUGUGUUUUGAACAUUUCGCGCAUCACGCACACACCCUCAUGGAAAACAAACGAAGAAAUGCAUUUGAUGAAGCUUUUAAGUUAAAAGCAAUCGAUUUGGCUGUCAAAUAGGUAAAUAGAGCUUUAAUGGCGGCGCGGCGUAUUUAUGGAUUUUUACGGCCUCCGGGGCGCUCUAGCAGGAAGCAAGAGCGAGACAGACGAAGAAGAGAUAAUGCGCCGAAGAAGACGUGCUAGUUUGUCAACACGGUUGCGUCACCCUUUUCUUUAUUUCGUGGUCCCGUCGACUCUGGAGCAAAACGUGUCGCUCGCUAGUUUAAUGUAAUUUAGCGCUUCGUGCAUGAAUAAAAUUACCAUGAACAGACCCUCAUCACACUCAAAGAAAUGCAUAAAAGCGACGACGAAAGAAAGACUGAGAAAGUGUGAGGCGAAGGAUAUCUAACGCUAUUCCAAUCGGACGCUGAAGAGGAAGGCUUCGAUGGUUUCACUAUUGCACAGGAGGAAGAUGAAGACGAUGAAGCUCUUUUUUUUACAUUUACUGGUAUGUUUUUUAACGAGCCCUGUUGGUGCUGUACUACCGUGUUGCUGCUGUGUUACCGCCGCGUCUCAGUGACUUUUACCGGGUAUGUUUUUUUGUAAUCCAGCCCUAUUAGUCUUGUGUUACUUCCGUGUUGCUGCGGUAUUACUGCCGCGGCACGGGCAGUGUUUGGAAAGAAAUGUUAAGGUAUGUUAUUAAAACUUUAAAAAAGCUUUCUGUGUCCAGUCUUUCUUUAAUAACUCGCGUUGGAAAGAAAUGUUAAGUUAUGUUAUUAAAACUUUAAAAAAGCAUUCUGUGUCCAGUCUUUCUUUGUUAAUAACUCGCGUGCACACUUCCGUGUUGCUGCGGUACUACUGCUGCGUCACAGGCAGUGUUUAGAAAGACAUGUUAAAGUAUGUUAUUAAAACUUUAAAAAGUCUUUCUGUGAACGAUCUUUCUUUGUAAAAAAAACGCGUGUGCACGUGCGGCUUAUAGUCCGGUGCGUCUUAUAUAAGAAAAAAACUAAAAUAUCCCCCGAUUUUAGCUAAUGCGGCUUAUAGUCCGGUGCAGCUAAUAGUCCGGAAUUUACGGUAUAUAUUUUUUGUCCUUAUUCAGUCGCUAACAAAAAUUACAUGUAUUGCAUAAUGUAAUUUGUAUUCACUAGCAUGAUGAAUUCCCCAAACCUGCCCACAAGGCAAGACACAAGUGCACAAAAUGUAACAAUUAAAGUACAGGGGAUCCUCUGUUUACAACGUUGCUCCGUUUCUACGCGGCGAUGUAAACCGAAUUAAGGUAUAAGUCGGAACAGUAAUAAAAUGAAAUGGUACAUUAAUAAAAAGAGAAGACAAUUCCUUACCUUUAUUCCUGUGGUUGACUUGCACACUGGAAGGGGCGUUGCAAGAGCAAUACGACACAAAAGUCCAAAAUGGUGUACAAUAAUCCCUCGCUACUUUGCGGUUUGUUUAUCGCGGUUUCACAACAUCGCAGAUUUUUUUUUCCAAAUUAAAAACAAAUUACGGCAUUUAAUAAACUGGAAUUUGAAAUUUCUGGAGAAAUUGUGUGUGAAGGUGAAGAAAUACAUACAAUACUUGGGGAAUGCUGCAGAAUGAUGUUUAAAGUAGGAACGGGUUGAAUCGGUCAAAUGUAGGAAUUAGAAGGGAAAAACAGAAUUUUGACAAAUUUGAUGUGAAUUUGUGGGAAGUGGGAAGUGGGAAGUUGUGGAAUAGGUAGGCAUGAGAUAAUAAAAGUUGGAUCGGUUUGAAUCGGUUGAAAAAUUGAGAAAUUGGAAGAGAAGAACAAAAUCUGCAGCACUUCCGGUUUGUUUGGGGACACUUCCGGUUGAAUUAAGGUAACUUCCGGUUUGUUUGGGGCACUUCCGGUUUGUUUGGGGUUCCUUCCGAUUCAAUUGAUGUCAUUUUAGUUUCAAUACAGGUCACUUUCGGUUUAUUUGGGGCACUUCUGGUUCAAUUGAGGUCACUUACAGUUUGUUUGCGGUACUUGGGGCAAUUCCGGUUCACUUCCUGUUAAGAUUUGGGCACUCCCGGUUCACUUCCUGUUCAUGUUGGUGUACUUCUUGUUCUUUUUGGGGCACUUCCCAUUUGUAUUGGGGCAUUUGCGGUUCAGUUUGUAUUCAUUCUGGGGUCACUCCAAGAUGUCCGCCACACUGUGGAAGUGGGGGUGAAGUGGUGAAUUAGGUAAGCAUAGUGGAAGUGGGGGCGGUGGUGAAGGGGGUGAAUAUGGUAAGCAUAAGUUGAACAGUUUAAAGUUGGAACGGAUCGAAUCGGUCAAAUAAUUUAGAAAUUACAAGGGAAAAGUAAAAUUUUGUAAAAUUUUGCGUAAAUUUCAAAAUUGAAAAUGUUUAACUUUUGGUAAGUGGGAAGUUUUGGAGUGGGUAGGCACAAGAUGAAGAGUUUAAAGUUGGAAUGGGUUGAAUCGAUUGAAAGAUGUAGAAAUUAGAAGGCAAAAAGGGAACUGCAAAAUUUUGCACAAACUGUGAAAAUGUCAACAUUUUUAAACGUGGCAAUCAAUCUUGGAAAUAUUGACAAUCCUCUCAAUGUGUUUUGUAUGAGCUGAAUGAUGUGAAUUUCACACAGGAACGAUGUAAAUGUGAAAUGUUGAAUGUGCCAUUAAGAAUAAAUGGGGAACAUUCUGCCGGAAAUUUGCGAAUUUUGAGAAAACGGAAAACUUUUGGAAUCAGAAAAAUGCAAGCACUCCUCACAUGAAUAUUUGGAAUACGUCAAAAGUGGAAUGAAGUACCGUUUUUUUCCAUGCGCAAAAUUUAACUAAUAUAUUGUCUUAAAAUCCGGGGUGCGCAUUAUACAUGGGUACAAUUUAAAAAAAAAAAAUCUUUUUUUUUUUUUUUGAAUUUUUUUUUAUUUUGAAGAAAAUCAUGGUACAACAAUUUUUGGAGAAAAUCUUGUCACAGAUGGAGUGGGGAAAGGAGCAGGGCGACCAAGUGCAGCUUGGACCAGGGUUCAUUGGAGGAACUCAAAACACAGACUUGGUUAACUAACAUAACUCUCUAACAAAACCAACAACAGACUGACCGACAAAGACGUGGAACAAAAAGACAGGGUGACAUUACCAAAGACAGGAACAGAAACCUGUGUUAUUGUCAAAUAUUGUUUGUUUUUUAAUCUCGAUCGCGGACUGGACGUCAUACGGAGGCAGUAUCACUGUGCAUGCGCACUAUGGAUCCGAUGCGAAUAGUCCUCUUCUCUUCUUGACUGACAAUGAAUGUGAUUGUUUAAUACAAUCAGCAAAUAACAAAAUGCGUAUUACAGGUAAUAUUUUAUUUCACAACACUUUGCCUUGUUCCUUUCGUCUCUGCUGUUCACUUCAAACACGCUCCAUACGAACGCAAUGCUCUCGUAUCAGACGCUUGCUCGAUCACCUGCUCGUUUGCUGUCACAAUGUACCCUACACAAAUCCGAAACAUUUGUUGCGGCUCUGAGUCACGACGAGGGGCAAGUUCUGGUUUCCAAGGGUGUUUUUAUUCCUCUUCAACUUCUCUCCCAUACAGAGCCGCCUUUUUCACAUGUCCGCACUUUUCAUUUGAACCUAACUGAUCGCGGUGGUGCCUUUACGGGCGAAAUCAACGCCAACAAAAAAAAUACAUCCAGCCUAGUUAAGACCAUACCAAAGACUAGAAAAAUGGGACCCAUUGCCUCCCUGCUUGGCACUCAGCAUUAAGGGUUGGAAUUGGGGGGUUACAUCACCAAAUGAUUCCCGAGCGCAGCGCCGCUGCUGCUCACUGCUCCCCAGGCGAUGGAUCAAAAUCACACGGGGAUGGGUCAAAUGCAGAGGACAAAUUUCACCACACCCAGAUACGUGUGUGACGAUCAUUGGGACUUAUAAAAACUAAAAUAAAUAAAUAAAUAAAUAAAUAAAUAAAUAAAUAAAUAAAUAAAUAAAUAAAUAAAUAAAUAAAUAAAUAAAUAAAUAAAUAAAUAAAAAUAAAAAAUUCGGGUGCGUAUUAUACAUGGGUACAGGCUUUUUUCCAGCAUUGAAAUGCCAUUUUUAGGGUGCGUAUUAUACAUGGCGGCGCAUUAUACAUGGAAAAAAACGGUAAAUCAGAUGAAUUAUGUGAAAGUACCGUACUGGACCGAAUGUAAGACGACUCUGAUUAUAAGAUGUCCCCUCUUUUUCAAGACUCAAGUUUGAAAAAAUAUUUUUUGACUCAAGUUUGAGAAAAUACUUUUUGAACACCAAAUAUAAUUUCUAUACAGAAAAUAGUUACAGUACAUCUGAAACAAACGAUUACCGUCUUUUUCCGUGCAUAAUGCGCCCCCGUGCAUAAUACGCACCCUAAAAAUGGCAUGUCGAUGCUGUAAAAAAGCCUGUACCCGUGUAUAAUACGCACCCAACUUUUGACUCUUACUUAAGUCCGUAAACGUAAAAUUAUUUCAGAAAAAAAGAUUAUCUUUGGGAACAACCGGAUGUUAUUCUGCCGGUCAGUAACACUGUGCAUUCGGUAGCAAACUCAAUAGCGAAGAAAUGUUUCAGAUUUGUGUAGGGUACAUUGUGACAGCAAACGAGCAGGUGAUCGCGCAAGCGUCUGAUACGAGAGCAUUGUGUUCGUAUGCAACUGCCCUAUUCCAUAAAUUUUCUGCCACUUCAAUGACUUUCUUUUGAAAUGCUAUACUAUAACUUGUUCUCUUAAUCAUCUUGAUGAAACUGCUAAUUAAACUGUGAAUCGAAACUAAUAGGUAGAGAACUGAACUCUCGCUCUUUGUAUAGCUGACGUGUCUUGCGCAUCCGUUCUGCGCAUCGGAUCCAUAGUGCGCAUGCGCAGUGAUACUGCCUCCAUAUGAUAUCCGGUCUGCAAUGGAGAUUAAAAAACAAACAAUAUUUGACAAUAACACACCAAGGAUUGCACCAUUGCAUCAAACGAUGUGUCGUCAAUUAUGAAUUUUACUGACUGUGUUGGGCAGGAUGGCUGAAUGUGAUGCGCGAUUGACAACAAACAAGAAGAAAGGUGUGAUUUCAAGUUUUAUUUCGAGGGAGAUUUUCUUCAAAAAUUGUUGUAUCCAUGCAUAAUGCGCACCCUAGAUUUUUGGACAAUAAAUUAAUUAGAUUUUGCGCAUUAUGCACAGGAAAAGAUGGUAUAACAAUAUAUUCGACAGAAAAAGCAUGUUACUCAUUCAAAUGAUACAAAAAUUGAUAUCACAUCUUAAUAUCUGAACAUUUAAAUACGUAAACUAAAGUGCAAUCACAUUUGUAAAUGAAUGGCUUCUGGUUUUUGAAAUGUAAAUAAACCAAUCUACUGUGAUAAAACAACAAAAUUGCAAUAACUGCAUUAACCAUCAAAGUAAAGUCUAACUGUAACUGUAGUCUUGAAACAAAUCUGAAUAAGGAAAAACAUUGCGUUAAAAUAAUGCAAAUUGCUACUGCUAUUAUUGGGGAGCCUGAGGACUGUAUUGGGGGUUGGUUCGGAUGGUUAUGCUAUUUUCGCCCCCGGGUGUCUGUCAGAACACAGGAGGGAAGACAUGAUUCAAUUUCGAUUGCUUUACUGAAUUAUUGGCAACAAAGUAACAGGCACUGUGGCUUAUAGGGGCAUACAGGCAAACUGGCAAAAGGGUAUUGUGUGAAGCAUGUGAAGGGUGUUGGGAAAAAUAUACUUUUUAUCAUUGGAUUCUAUGUAUCUACUUAUGUGUGCAAGAUCUUCCACAGUAUGUGACAGUCUGACCUCGUGAUAAUGACUUGGGAGCAUAUGGCUGGCUAAGGAGCACAUGACCGGGGUCAUGAAUCCCGUUAUACAAUAAACUCCUUCGUUAGCUAGUCAUGACCAGGUCAUGAGUCUAUUAUGAGAUGGCUAAAGCAGACAAAUGUCUUAUUUAAUCUAAAGUCAUGAGUACGCCACGGAUGUAUGCAUCCCAGGGGCACUAAGACCCUCCUGCUUAACUUUGUUAGUCAUUAGACGACCAUACCGCUCUUUCUAUAAUAGCAUCCCUGUUGUUCUGUGGUCAUGAGAUGUAAUUAUGAGAUGUCCUUCCUGUUUAAGAAACUAUGCAUUCAUGUAGACUCCCCCCAUUGUUGUUCCUCAAUAAAAGGCACGACCAAACUGGAGGAAGAGCGCAAAUCUCAGCCACACUUGCUGUGUGUCUGGUUUGCGCCCUUCUGCAGAAGUCGCUUGCCAUCGAAGACAUCUCCUGCCUCUGUGAGAUUCUUUUCAGGUAAAUGUUGUGAACCCAACAAAGGGUGUGUGUGGUUUGUGGGGGGUGUGGGUGUGGUUCUGCAACAGACAGAAAUACAGUAUGUCAAUGCUCAACUUCUUGUUUAAUGUAUGGUGUUAUCAGAAACAAGGCACACACUCUGGUCUCUAUUCAACCCAACGUGGUUGUAACUUUUAUAUCUGUCUCCUGGUACACUUACGCAAUAUUGCUAGUCUAACCCUGUAACCGGAAGUGCCCACCCUUAAAACGUCCCCCUUCCCUCAACAGUUCUCAGUUGGCCAACAAUAGAUCAUAUUGUUACAUCCUUUCUCUUUUAAAAGUUAUGAAUUCUUGUUGGAAUACUUGUUUUGGCAGAAGCGCUGGUCGGCCUGAACCGGAGGCCUCAUAUGUUUGCUUAAACAAAGAUCUCUGUCUCGCUCCGGGGAGGUCUUAGACUCCCUUCCUCUCUUAUCUGUGAGAGGCCCUCAUUAGUUAUGAACAGAACACCUUUGUUCUUUGUUUAGUUCGGGAGAAGUUCUUUCUCUUAAAAAACCUUGUAGUUUCUAUUCAUAAAUUGUUGUUGACCGGGUUAGUUUUUCUUUGAUAUAAAGUGUUACAGAAAAGACAUACAUGUUGAAGUAGUUGCACAUAAGUUAUCCCAUAUUUACUCAGUGUUUGUUUAAGUAGACUUCAUGCAAGUUAUCUCACAUUUACUUAAUAUUUGUUGGAGUGUUCGGUAAAUCCUGAGGGGGUGGGCUGUGUGUUUACCUCAACAACAACUGGUGUAAAAAUGCUAGAUCUGUCGCCAGCUACUGCUCUUCGGACAUCGAGCUUUUGACUGUUAACUGCAGACCCUUCUACCUGCCCAGGGAGUUUACUGUUAUUAGCAUCACUGCUGUUGUCAAGUGACAUGGUGGUACGAGAUGGUGUAAACUUAGGUAGUGAAUUUGGCCCAGGCACAUUGGCUAUCCCAAAACAUGUAGUAGUUCAAAAUUUCACCAGGAGAUGGUGUUAAAGCUUGACAUAGGCGUGACCUGAUGGAAAUUAACAAAUCUAAUAAGUUAAAUAGUUGGCAAUUGGGAGGACACGACCUGUUCAAACACGUAGCAACGCACAAUUUUGGAAUAUGAAUUAGCUAUGCCAUAAUUUUAAGAUGCAACAGCUUGAGCAAUAUUGAUAUAUGUGUUUAGGUUGGAAGAACCCAUUAUUGUGUUAAGUACUAUUAUGUGUUGAGAUUGAUCUUUAUUAGACAAGAUAUAUGUGAUUCAUGUUGCAAUGUUUUGUCCAACCUGUAUUUAACAUUGGUGUUCCAUCCAUACCUGAAUGCAUUAAGUUGAGAGGGGACUUAGGGGCUAAUACUAAAAGUAAAGAACGAGCAAAACAGGAAACAUCUGUUUCCGGUGAUUGCUGCUUGAAGCAAGGUUGCCAAGACAACCAGUGGUUUCUAGCCGGCCUGGACAGGCAUCAGCUAAGGAACAUUCUCGAAACUUCUAGAAACUUCCAGGAAGGCCACCUGACGUGCGGGAUGAUGUCAUUCCAAUGAGGUAAUACCAGAAGCCUAUAAAUAGGUUGCCCGGACACAGAGCGGGCGCGCUUCUUCCUAGUCAGGGCGAUGGCCGUGACGCUGCCCGGAGUAAAAGAACGAAGAUGGAUUUUGCAUUCUUUUUGAGAUUGAACCAAAAUCUACUAAGAUGAAUUUCCAGAGUCUUCGAAUUGGACUUUGUCGAAUUUUAAGCUUUGAGGAAAGCAGGGGAGAAAGCCACCGGGCAGAAAAGGGGAAGUCGCCACUUUUACUUUCUCCUCAUGGCCAGACCUUUCCUCUUUUUUAAACAGAAUUCGGAUUUUGGAACAAAGGAGAGCCGAUCACUCGACUUGUUCAACCAAAUAGGAUUUUAGACCUUUAGUCCCCUCUCUUGUUCUGUCUAGGGAGCAACCGUGAGCAGAGUGGCAGAGGUCCCAGGUGCGGCUCAUCAGGCUUGUUAGAGGAGGGCUCUUAAGGAGCACGCUGCCAACCGCUCGCCGCCUGAGUGUCCUACCUGUUGUGAUCAUCUCCACAGUUGUGCCUCUAGCUGCUCGAUACCCUCUUGCUCAUUGACGCCACGUUCUCCUGAUCCUUCGGUCUGCAAUUCCCUCCACGGCUCACCGCCAAGAUCCACCCCGUCUGGCUGAACUCCACACGCUUCGCCGUUGCCACUCCCGCUCCUUGCUCCUGGCUCAGAUCCUCCCGCUCAGCCUCCACCGCAUCUCCUCUAAUAAACACUCAUCACUCAUUCUGAA